GGAGAAAGAAGAAAAGAAAAUUAGACAUAGAAAACGCAAUUAAUUAUAGAAGAAAUUAUUUUAUUAUUAAUUAUGAAACUAUAGAAGAUCCGGAGAAUAGACCACUGGCAAAAUCCUUAACAGAAACUUUUUUAAUCAUAUAUAAAAUGGCUGUUUCUUGAUUCACUGCCGACCGCCAAUAAUGGGCCUAACGAUCGAGAGACCCAUUUUUCACUGAUUGAUCAAAUGGGUCUUCUUCACAGCUCCAUCCCUGCCUGCUUAGGGCAUGAAAAUCUCUGGGGGGCUCUCAACAACUCCAUUGCCGACUGAAUAUCCAGUACUUGGGCAUACCUUCGUUUGUAGUUUGUCCAAUCCGGGGCCCCAUUCAUUUGCCACUGCACAUUUUUCUCUCUUGAAUCUCCCCUGAAGGAGCUAUAUUUAUUGGUUCUUGGACAUUGCUGCUUUUGUUCAACUAUGUUUCUUGGAUUCUUAGCAAUGGUUAAAGGCUCCAGUUUUAUUCAAUGGAGACCAGAAGUUCUGUUUCUGUAAAUUCCUGGUGCAUCUUCUUGAUUGCAUAUGCAUAAAGUUUCUGUUGGUUCUAGAAGAUGGACAGGGCGGGGAUUGAUUUAAGGUUCAACUCUAGAUCUAAGCAAUCGGAGGAAACAUUGUUGGAUCUGGAGAGAAAUUGUUGCAAUCAGUUUUCGUCAAGCUCUCCACCGCUACAAAUUUUUGCCUCGGGUGGUCAACUCUACGAGAGCAAUGCAGCUUACUUUUCGUGGCCGAGCAGGUUAGAUGUAGCCGAGGACAGAGAGAAUUACUUUGGAAACCUUCAGAAGGGGGUUUUACCGGAGACUAUUGGGAGGCUUCCGUCGGGCCAGCGAGCUUCAACCUUGCUUGAACUUAUGACCAUCAGGGCAUUUCAUAGCCAUAUGUUACGCCAGUUUAGUCUUGGCACUGCGGUUGGAUUUCGCAUCAGGAAAGGCGUUUUGACUGAUAUACCUGCUAUUCUCGUCUUUGUUGCCAGAAAACUCCAUAGACAAUGGCUCAGUCGUCUUCAAUGUCUACCAGCUGCUCUUCAGGGACCAGGGGGCAUAUGGUGUGAUAUUGACGUUGUUGAAUUCUCAUACUAUGGUGCACCUGCAGCAACACCAAAGGAACAAUUGUACACAGAACUUGCUGAUGGCCUGCGUGGAAGCGAUUCGUGCAUUGGUUCUGGGUCCCAGGUGGCAAAUCAAGAGACUUAUGGAACCUUGGGUGCUAUUGUAAGAAGCCAGACAGGAAGCCGCCAAGUUGGUUUUCUUACUAAUCGCCAUGUUGCUGUCAAUUUGGAUUAUCCGAGCCAGAAAAUGUUUCAUCCCUUGCCACCAAACCUUGGACCUAGCGUGUAUUUGGGUGCCGUGGAGAGAGCAACCUCGUUUAUAACUGAUGAUCUUUGGUACGGAAUCUUUGCCGGAAAAAACCCAGAAACAUAUGUUCGAGCAGAUGGAGCUUUUAUUCCUUUUGCCGAAGAUUUUGACAUGUCCAACGUAACUACAUCCGUGAGAGGCGUAGGUGAAAUAGGCGAUGUGUAUAAAAUAGACUUGCAGUCUCCCAUUGCCAGCCUCAUCGGCAGGCAAGUGGUGAAAGUUGGAAGGAGCUCGGGGUUGACUACCGGGACCGUAAUGGCGUAUGCCCUAGAAUACAACGACGAAAAAGAAAUAUGUUUCUUCACCGACUUCCUCGUUGUUGGUGAGAACCAACAGACGUUUGAUCUAGAAGGUGAUAGUGGUAGUCUCAUUCUUUUAACUCGCAAAAACGGAGAGAAGCCACAACCUGUUGGGAUCAUCUGGGGCGGCACGGCUAAUCGAGGGCGGCUAAAACUGAAAGCUGGUCAACCUCCUGAGAAUUGGACGAGUGGAGUGGACUUGGGCCGUCUCCUCGAUCUCUUGGAACUCGAUCUCAUAACAUCCGAUCAAGGUCUUCAAGAUGCGUUAAAAGAUCAGACGGCUGCAUCGCAAGGGGGAAUUGGUUCUAUCGGGGUAAACUUGGAGCCGCUUAAUCUAAACAUCCAACAAGUCCCCAUUGACGGUGACCUUCAUCUGGGCCGGCACAAAGAAUUCCACAUUCCCCGGGGAGAAAGUGAAUCCGACCGGCACGCUCCGAAUGGCUCCGCCACGUCCCUAUUUUCCCGAGGGAAGAAACAAGGGGAAAGCACCGAACGAAUCAACCUCUGCGUGAUCAGAAACGCGAUGGACGAUCAAAUUUCCGUGUCUCUGCAGCUGGGCGAACCUGGGCCGAAACGAAGGAAGCAUAAUGAACCCCAGGCAUGAUUUCUCAAGCAAAUUUUUUGGAGAUCGAACUGCAUUCUCAUCGUACCAUAUCCCGCUCUGUUAUUCUGUAAAUCGCGUAAGAUGUAUAAUAUGCAUGAGAAGCAUUAUUUGGAAGGGAAGUAGGUAGGGGUACCUGUAAUUGUAUGGAUCCACCAUAACUGCAUUGGAGUCAAUUGGACUGUGAUAUGUGAUGAUAUUUCAGCAGUUUAAGAGUCUGUAAAUGAUCUCUCUCUCAUAGGGAAAUUGCAGACAUUUUAUUCAGUAUUAUGCUCUGCUCAAUGCGAUUCACUGUAUUGUGCUUCAAUUCUGUAUAGGCAUUAUUAUGGUUCUAUUAUAUGAAUCUUUUAUAUUGGUUUAUUUAUGCAAGGAAAUAUCCCACAAAGUUUACACA